AUGCUGCUCUGCAUGCCGCAGGUGCUGUUGGCCCUGGUCCUCUCCCUGCUUCUGGCCCAGGCCGAAGCCAGUCGGAGGGCGGCCACCCGGGCCCGCAACACCACCCUUCCCGCUCUGCUCAGGCUGUCUGAUCACCUCCUGGUCAACUAUAGGAAGGGGGUGCGGCCCGUGCGGGACUGGAGGAAGCCUACUACCGUGUCCAUCGAUGUCAUCAUGUAUGCCAUCCUCAACGUGGAUGAGAAGAACCAGGUGCUGACCACCUACAUCUGGUACCGGCAGUUCUGGACUGAUGAGUUUCUGCAGUGGACUCCUGAGGACUUUGACAAUAUCACCAAACUGUCCAUCCCCACAGACAGCAUCUGGGUCCCUGACAUUCUCAUCAAUGAGUUUGUGGACGUGGGGAAGUCUCCGAGCAUCCCUUAUGUGUACGUGCAUCAUCAAGGUGAAGUCCAAAACUACAAGCCCCUCCAGGUGGUGACCGCCUGUAGCCUGGACAUCUAUAACUUCCCCUUUGAUGUACAGAACUGCUCUCUGACCUUCACCAGCUGGCUGCAUACCAUCCAGGACAUCAACAUUUCCCUGUGGCGAUCACCAGAAGAAGUGAGGUCAGACAAGAGCGUCUUCAUGAAUCAGGGCGAGUGGGAGUUGCUGGGAGUGCUGACCCAGUUUCAGGAGUUUAGCAUGGAAACCAGUAGCAGCUAUGCCGAAAUGAAGUUCUAUGUGGUCAUCCGACGGCGGCCUUUGUUCUACGCAGUCAGUCUCUUGCUGCCCAGUAUCUUCCUCAUGGUUGUAGACAUUGUGGGCUUUUGCCUGCCCCCAGACAGUGGCGAGAGAGUCUCCUUCAAGAUCACACUCCUUCUGGGAUACUCAGUCUUUCUCAUCAUCGUGUCAGACACACUGCCGGCAACGGCCAUCGGCACUCCCCUCAUUGGUGUCUACUUUGUGGUGUGCAUGGCUCUGCUGGUGAUAAGCCUUGCUGAGACCAUCUUCAUUGUGCGGCUGGUGCACAAGCAGGACCUACAGCGGCCAGUACCGGCCUGGCUAAGGCACCUGGUCCUAGAGAAAACAGCCUGGCUGCUUUGUCUAGGGGAGCAGCAGCCCAUGGCCCAUAGGCACCCAGCCACCUCCCAAGCCAACAAGACUGAGGACUGCUCAGGCUCACUUCUUCUUCCAGCCAUGGGAAACCACUUCAGCCAUGUUGGGGGACCCCAGGACUUGGAGAAGACCCUGAGGGGCAGAAGUAGCCCUCCUCCACCACCUAGAGAGGCCUCGCUGGCUGUGCGUGGGCUCCUGCAAGAGCUGUCCUCCAUCCGCCACUUCCUGGAGAAGCGGGAUGAGAUGCGGGAGGUGGCUCGGGACUGGCUGAGAGUGGGACACGUGCUGGACAGGCUGCUCUUCCGAAUCUACCUGCUGGCUGUGCUGGCCUACAGCAUCACCCUGGUCACACUCUGGUCCAUUUGGCAUUAUUCUUGA